GCGGAUUCCGGCGGGAGCGCGCCCGGCGGAAUCCCCGGCCGGAGCCCGGGGCGAUGGGAGAGGGCCCAGACCCCUCCCGGCCCUGGGGCCAGCGGGAUUGGGUCGGCGGGGGGCCAGCCCGGAAGCCAGCUUCCUCUAGGCUCCCCCUCUCCUUGAAGCCAAUCCUCCUCACAGCCAAACAGCUUGAGCGUUUGUUCUGUGCUUCCCUGCCGAGAUGUGAGGGAUUUUCUCUUGGGAAGAAAUCAGUGGUCGAGUGCCUGCCCAGCUCAAAUGCCACCCAACCCAGAGCAAGGCCUGAGGCCCAGGGAUCCCGGAGGGAGAGCAACGUCACACCUCCUGAGGACAGCCAGGAGGACUCUGGGUUUUGCUGAGCUGUGCGCCUUACCUCCUUCCUUCCAAAGGCUUCAGACCCAGGCUUCACUCUUCUCAAGUCCUGAAUGCCCCUGGCCAAGCAUCAAACUAUUCCUCCAGCCCUCUCCAGUCCUAGAGCACACCUCCAGGACCUGGAGCCUGCCCUCCUGCUCAGAAUGACUCACCAUUAUUUCCAGCACAAGUGAGAAGAUGUGAUGGGGAGUUGAGCUGCCUAUUUGUGUAGCUAAGAUUCCUGUGGCAUCUGAUCUGCUCUUCAAGGAAAAGAACCUCAGGCUCCUGCCUGGCCAGACAAGGGAGGCUGUGUCUCCAGCUCUCAGAGGGAGACAGUCCUGCAGGAGCACAGACUAAUGCUUCUGUGUUUCUUGGGGCCCAGUUACCAGUCCCCUGAGCCCCCUGCUGCAAGCAGCUGGAAGGCAUAGACUAAAGUACUCUUCUCAGCCCAAUUAUGACAGUGGCUACUGGAGACCCAGUGGAUGAGGCUGCUGCCCUCCCUGGGCACCCACAGGACACCUAUGACCCAGAGGCAGACCACGAGUGCUGUGAGAGGGUGGUGAUCAACAUCUCAGGCCUGAGGUUUGAGACUCAGCUAAAGACCUUAGCCCAGUUUCCAGAGACCCUUUUAGGGGACCCCAAGAAGCGGAUGAGGUACUUCGAUCCCCUGCGAAAUGAGUACUUUUUUGAUCGCAACCGGCCUAGCUUUGAUGCCAUUUUGUACUACUACCAGUCUGGAGGCAGGUUGAGGCGACCUGUGAAUGUGCCCUUAGAUAUAUUCUCUGAAGAAAUCCGGUUUUAUGAGCUAGGAGAAGAAGCAAUGGAGAUGUUUCGGGAGGAUGAAGGCUACAUCAAGGAAGAAGAGCGUCCUCUGCCCGAAAAUGAGUUUCAGAGACAGGUGUGGCUUCUCUUUGAAUACCCUGAGAGCUCAGGGCCUGCCAGGAUUAUAGCCAUUGUAUCCGUCAUGGUCAUUCUGAUCUCAAUCGUCAGCUUCUGUCUGGAAACCUUGCCCAUCUUCCGGGAUGAGAAUGAGGACAUGCACGGUGGUGGGGUGACCUUCCACACCUACUCCAACAGCACCAUCGGGUACCAGCAGUCCACCUCCUUCACCGACCCUUUCUUCAUUGUAGAGACUCUCUGCAUCAUCUGGUUCUCCUUUGAGUUUCUGGUGAGAUUCUUUGCCUGUCCCAGCAAAGCUGGCUUCUUCACCAACAUUAUGAACAUCAUUGACAUUGUGGCUAUCAUCCCUUACUUUAUAACCCUGGGGACAGAGUUAGCUGAGAAGCCAGAGGAUGCCCAGCAAGGCCAGCAGGCCAUGUCAUUGGCCAUUCUCCGUGUCAUCCGGUUGGUAAGAGUCUUUAGGAUUUUCAAGUUGUCCAGACACUCCAAAGGUCUGCAGAUUCUAGGUCAGACCCUCAAAGCCAGCAUGAGGGAAUUGGGCCUCUUGAUAUUCUUCCUCUUCAUUGGGGUCAUCCUCUUCUCUAGUGCUGUCUAUUUUGCAGAAGCUGAUGAGAGAGAUUCCCAAUUCCCCAGCAUCCCGGAUGCUUUCUGGUGGGCAGUCGUCUCCAUGACAACUGUAGGCUAUGGAGACAUGGUUCCAACUACCAUUGGGGGAAAGAUAGUGGGUUCCCUGUGUGCGAUUGCAGGUGUAUUAACCAUUGCCUUGCCAGUCCCUGUCAUAGUGUCUAAUUUCAACUACUUCUACCAUCGGGAGACAGAGGGAGAGGAGCAGGCCCAGUACUUGCAAGUGACAAGCUGUCCAAAGAUCCCGUCCUCCCCUGACCUAAAGAAAAGUAGAAGUGCCUCUACCAUAAGUAAGUCUGAUUAUAUGGAGAUACAGGAGGGAGUAAACAACAGUAAUGAGGACUUUAGAGAGGAGAACCUAAAAACAGCCAACUGUACACUGGCUAACACAAACUAUGUGAAUAUUACCAAAAUGCUAACUGAUGUCUGAUGAAAUCUAUUAAUGUACUCACAGCUCAACAGGACUAAUGCAGAUGUUGCAUAAUAGCCUGCAUUGUAGUCAGUGUUCUAAAGUGUGCAUCUGGUUCUGCAUGGAAAGCAAUAGUUGUGCAAGUGACUUUUGACCUUUUGAUUUUUGAUUUAGAACACAGAAUAUUUAUCAUGGCUUUCAAGAAAUCUUCAUCACUGACUUACAGGUUUCUAAAGAUGGGAGUCACCUAUGGAGCCAGCAUCUCAGAUUGUCACAAUGCGGCCACCUCAUAGUCCACACACAAUCCAUCAUAUCAACACCACCCUAACUUCCUAACUAAAUGCCAACACACCUGGCAGGUGCAUUCUCCCUGCCACACCCUACCACCCCACUUCAGCCCACCUACCCCUUCCCUGAGGAACACCAUCAGGGCUUAGUUUGGAAGUUCUGGCGACUACUCCAAAGGUCAUUCCCAUUUUUGCACUGAAAAGAACACACAGUCCUGUGUGUUGGAAUUACUCUCUGUGUCACAGGCUGGGCUUUGUGAAUUGCAGUUGCCAACUAGAUGUUCCGGAGACUUAUGUUUCGUAACGGAAAUGCUGCAUUCUGCUUUUUCUCUGCAGUGUUGAUGGGAGGGAAGCCCGGGGAGGGGGGUGAGGGACAGUUAAUAUGACCAAAUAUGAAUUGUCAAGUUUUACAUUUGUUCCCUUAGGCCUAGGGAGAGAAGCUACCUAAUUCAGGGACUUCUUAGCUUCAGAUACCAUUUUGCAAGCUUCAGGGUCACAGAACAUGUUUGAUUUCUUCUUCUACUCUGGAGUUUGCAGACAUCUGCUUUCCUGAUGGUGUGGCCCAGCUCCACUACACUGCAGUGGAGUGUACCAGUCAUGCAAUAGAGCUGCAUGGGUGUUCACUGCAUGAAUCUCAAUAUUUAAAACACAGAAGAUAACCUAUUUUCCUAGUAGCCUAUACAGUAUUCCUACAUAGAGUAUUAAUAGCCUUGGGAUGGUAUUGAACUAGGGAUUUUUCCCCAUCAGAAGGCAAAAGCCCUCCAUCAGGGAAAAUCAAAUAGACUAUUUGGAACAGGGAACCAAAACUUCUGGCUGGCCCUCCAGCCCACCCAUCUCUCUUCUUUCAAUGAGAGCAAAGACCCUGCCACACCAGGAGAAUGAACAUAAAAAGCAGAGUCUAAACACUCACAUGGCUGAAACUUAUGAAUUAAUCUAGUCAUGGGCAUGACUACAAAGCUUACCAGGGCAUUGAUCCUGAGGACAGGCAGAUCUGUGGAUUCAAUGUAUAUAAAUAUAUAUCAGCUAUCUAUCUUUCUCUCUCAUGUGUUCCUCUAGUAAGCUAUAGAAAAAAAUUGCAUUUGAACAUUGUAUAAGCUUAUGCAAUAUUUUGACACAGGGCAAUUUAUGCAUGUGUUUGACUAUGUGCACUAGAAUAUAUAUAUAUAUACAAAUACAAGUGUGUGUAUAUGUAUGUUAUACACACACACACAUAUAUAUAUAUUCAUUCUCUGGAGUUCAGAUUCAGGAGCAAAUCCAUUGCUUGGUGGGUUGGUUGUCUAAGAAGCCCAAUGGGUAUGGUAAAACCCGCUGGACCUGGGUUUGCUGUCAUUGCCUCAGACACACUCCAGUGUUCAUAGAUUCCUAGACAUUAGAAUUGUCUCUCUGCCCUCCAUGUGCUGCAGCUUCAGUUUCCCAUGACUGAAGCUUGUCUUCCUGAGUGCACAAGGGUCCUAGAGGCCUCACAACUCCAGCUAUCCUGGGCCAGGCCCACCCCAGGCCUCCUCUCUACAACUCAUCCCAUUAAUCGUCUCCAUUAUUAUCCUCUCCCCUGUUUGGUUCGCCAUCAUUUGGCUCUGCAUCCAUCGUUUUCAUGAACCUGUCCCUAGGAUGGAGCCUUUGCAUUGCAAACAAGGAGUAAAACUCCCUGGGACCAGAUUCUGCUGAUGUAGACUUAAUGGAACCCUCUUAUUGGUGAAAAUUUCCAAAUUCCAGAACCAAGGGAUGGAUUCCCUGCAUGGCCCAAAGCAUCAUUUUGAUUACUAAACUCAGACUCUCCCUAGUACACUGGUAAUAAGAGUUGCCCUUAAAAAAAAAAGCCAAAGGAUGGGUAAAGAAUUACCCCCACCCCAAGAAUAGGUAAAGAAGGAAUGAUCACUGUACAGCCUCAAAGGAGAGAAUGUGCUGGUCCUAGAAAGAGUUGUGGGAGAUAGCUUUCGCCUCUUCAUGCUGGGUUUCUUUGCCUUUUGACACAGUGGCUUAAAUUCCCCAAAACACAGUGAAUCAUGGUCAGGCUGUUUGUGAUUGAUUCCAACGCAGGUAUCACUGUUCAUGAGUUGGUAUCUACAGUUAUCUUAGAGGAGGGGGCACCAGCUAAGGGUGCUAGUCCAGGGUGCUCAUUAGCUCCUGGUCACCCAUAUCCCCAGGUGACCGCAGGGCAUCCCACGCUGGGCACAAAGCCUCUGUGCUUCUCUUCUUCUCCUUUGUGGGAGGUGGUGCUGAACUUCAUGACAUGGGUUGGGAGGGACAUACUUUGAAGGGUAGAAGGUUAAAGCAACUCAUGCAGGUCUAAGUCAGGAGAAGUUACCUAUUCACAAAGUCCUUGGCCUGGGAACCAUAAAAUGUGCACACACAAUGCAUCAUAGAAUAAAUGACACAUCAUUGUCACACACAAACAUAAAAUAUGCAACAUACAAGCAAAAUACAUAUGGGCCAAAAUAACAUAAAAAUCAUACAAAUAAAAGGUAGACAAAACAUACAUAUGCUGCCCAAACAUAGACUAUGCAUACCAACACAGAAUAUCUGCAAGAGAUGUAUUUACCCCAUGUGCAAAUACACAGCAUACAACCUAUAUGCAAAAUAUACAAAUCAAACUGGGGGGACAGUGGAUAUACAUACAAAUACAUAAAUGGUACUUUGUCAUUUUUUUUUCUGCACAAAGUUCAGCAUACACAGUGCACAGAGUUGUACUAGAUGCAGGGGAAAAAAAAACAGUACCCAUGCCCAAGAAUACACGAAAAAUUUAGACAUUGAAUCACUAAUCAUUCUUACGCUUCCACAUCUAAAAUUUGAUGGACAAAGGCAAGAGAUCAGAUUGAAUUGCUUUUCCUUGCCCAUAUCAAUAACCCUCAGUAUUCUCCAAGGAGCUUCUUUGACAUCCAAUCUCCUUCCUGAGACAGAACUCCCGAGGUUUCAAUCAGAAAGUCAGGCCACCACAUCAAGCACUGGAAUCUCCUGGGCUUGCUACCCUUCACCUUCUUUCAAACAGCACUCCAGAGUGCAGGGUAUGUGAAAUGACCUGUGAGAGCUAACAAUCUAGUACAGGCCUCCUCACUAUACCUUUCCUUCAGAGAAAAUCCACACAGGCGACUCGGACUCCCCUCAAAAUGUCUGGAAUCUCCAGAUUGAUCCCUAUUCUCUUGAAGCAGUGCUGGCUCAGGAAAUGCUAGGAUUCUGAACCCUAAACCAGGCUGAAAUACCCCACCACUCUUUGAGCCAAAAGAACUUAUUACCCAACCUUCCAAAGUACCUCUUUGUCUGGAAUCAGGUCAGAAAAUUGAUUUUCUGUAUAGACUUAGCUCCUAAAAUGAGACAGCUUUUCUUGCUUGUGGCGUUUCACUCACUCUUGGGCACAAGUCCAGUGAAGCCAACUCUUGAUCCCCACCUAUGAGUGUUCAAUCUAGGCAUGUUUCCCCACCAGGGCUCCCAGGGAAGCCUGGCCUCCCAUUCAAUUGUUGUGCCUUGACAAAAUUGCAGGACAAUUUAGCUGAAGUAAAAUGUGAUGAAGGACAUUAACCUAUGGCUGAAGGAGCAUUCACAAUUUUUAGAGGGCCUGAUUUUUAUCCUCUAUUCUAACGCUAGAUUUAAACACUUUGUGAGAUUAUCCAGCAUCAUAGAGCCCCAGGAGUUGUUUCUUCCUGCUAGUAGGACCAGGUAGGGCCUGAGUGCAUUUUGGCAAAGGCUUUAUCCAAAAUGGAAGUUAAAAGUUGCAUCCAGCCUUGGCUCAAGCUUCAUGGGCUCUGGAGCCCACAAAGAUACCCUAUGGUCCUGGAUAUUUUACUCCUCCCUUCAAGAUUCCAUAGAGGAGGCAACAAGAGCAGAGAACGGACAUGUAGCCCAAGCAAGAUAUCAAUUUUCCCCCUAGCUUUGUGACAUGCCUCUGUGGCCUCGGACUUUUUUUAAAAGUUGGAGCUUCUGGGAGGUUGGAAAAGAAAGAGUCCAGGAAAGGCAGAGAAGUUGUCAGGAAGAGAAAGCAACUGAACUGUUGACUUUCCGAAUAAAUUUAUCAAGAACCAAGUUUUCAUUUGUUAAUUAAAUUUAAUUCAGGAACCCAAAUUUAAUUUAGUUAAGGCUCUGUGCCUUCCUGGAACUUCGUGGUGUAUGACAGUCAAGUCUUGGUGAGAAAAGGCCGGCCGCUCUUCCGAAGAUCCUCAGCCUGGGAAUUCAGUGCCAGCCCCAGUAGUGCAAAGGAGGUGGAAACUGAUCUUCCAUAGAAAAACUAUAGGAAGUACAAACGGCAUGUGAAGGCCAUAAGGAAAGUUCAGUGCUCUGACUUGCUAAGCUAGGAAGGGGGAGGACACAGCUCUCCUAUGAACCCCUCUACCCCUGUCAUAACAAUCUGCACAUGGGGGAUGUGAUGAAUACCUGACCUGAAAGGGGUCUGAUGUCUAGGCUACUCCUGGUUACACAAGAGAGGUUCUUUUUGCCUUGAUAAGGUUUCCAUUGCCCAGGUUCAAACUCAUGACCUUAGUUCAUUAACAUCACUAGCCACUCAAGUCAACCAGCAGGAGCUAUAUGCUGGGAGCUGUCUUAGUAAUUAUUGUAAUGAUCAUCUUUACACUCGGACUUGGCCCUUGUUGAGACUAGCCCCACCACCACCAACCCUCGUGGAGCAGAAAGCUGGGACAGGAGGGGUAAGGGAAUCCCUUACACGCACCUCAACUUACCUAGUCCACUUGCCUUUCUUUCUGCUCCCCUUCCCCCUAGAACUCAGCUCCAUCCCUCAUAGUUUGUGUCUCAUGUUUUUAAAGAGGAAAUGUGCAAUAAAAGCAAUAGUGACUGUUUUCUUUAGCAAUAGCUCUUUCAAAAUCUUGCUCUCAGGAUUGAAAAAUGAUAGAUAGUAGUACAUAGAUCAUCAGGUAAUGCCCUUGACCUCUGGACAUUGAUUCACAGUUUUUGUAGUUCUUCUUCCCACAUGAUCACAUGACUGAUUCCUGUCUGCUGAGGUCUGACCUCCUUCUGGAAUGAACAUAUACACAGAGGUGCAGUGUUCACCCGAGGAAGGCCCAUGAGGAGACAUUCUUUGUCACACUGUCUCUUUCUUGUGUGUACCUCUCUCUGUAUGUGUCUCUGUAUCCCUCUUCCAAUACCUCACCUUCCUAGUAGUUCUUUAACAGCACCCUAGAAACUUCUAGGCACUGAAACCUUGCAUUUGAGUGACCUCAUGCCAGCCCAUCUUGUGUUUGUCUGUCGGGUGUAAUGGAAGCCUAUAGGAGAAUGCUUACUGAUAGAUAAGAAUAAAGCAUCCUGAGCCAUUAUAGAAAAUCCUUUCCAUGCACUAAAAGCCAUUACUUGAUUCUUUUGCAGCCCUCUCCAGGGAGAUAAAUAUGAGGGGAUGUAGCCCUGAGGUGUACACCUGGGAUCAGUUACUUGGGCAGAUUUGGGGACUGCCCUCUGACUCUCCUUCACAACAGACUGAAUUGCUCAACCAUAGAAACUCUGUCAGAGCUUCAGGCAAAAUGAGUCUUGUGGCUUUGGGUAGAAGUGGACAGGCACAAAGGUGUGGGUGAUCAGGGGAUAUCAUUAGUGAAAUAAACCCCACCUCUCACUACAGGAAGCAGCUGUGCAAAUAUUUCACAUAUCACUCAGGGUUUUGGAAGGGACCCCUUUCUUGAAACAUCUGUGAGGUGAGCUAUUAAUAUUCAGACUGGAAUUAAGGAAGGCUGACAACCCCCAGGAGACCAUUCCAUCCUUCUCAGUCUACUUUGCUCCACACACCCUUGCAUAGUCUAACCUUGAGAAAUCUCAGGGAGGAGAGUGUCCUGGAUGCUUUGCAAUCCUGGUUACUUGAGGAAACAUGAGAAAAUAUGUGGUUCAGCCUUUGUGCUUGGGAAGUAGUAUUUCCUAAAUAGGUUAGUAUAAACUCUUGCCUUAGUUAAGUAGAGCAUUUGGAGAACACAGAAGACCUUGCAUGGCUCAGAGUCAACCUUCUAAACCUCAGUGUUUGGUGUAUGGAAACAGAAGUGUAGCAGACCAAAGAGACAGGCUGAAUGACACUGGCUGCAAAGUCUGGGCACAUCAUAGCUUCUCAGAUGAUGCCCUUGCUUGCCUCUUCCUACUAAAAGUAUAGAGAGACAACUAAUUGCUGUCAAUAAAGGUUUUAGUUAAUUGGUCCUGAGUUAUUAGAGGUUUUCCAUCUAUACAUAUACCUGUGUGUAUAUAUGUAUAGUAUAUGUAUAUAUGUAUGCCAUUAUUUCAAAAAAUUACACAAAUAGAUGUUGACCAAUCUCAGUUUCACUAGCGUGGGAUAAAUUUGGCAUUCUAAGGAAUAAGCUGCGUUUACUUGAAUUUUAACGUGACCUUUUUUGCAUUCUUUCCACCUCUCCAGCUCUGUGCUUUUUCUGCUUAAGAUCCUAUCUAGAAGGCAUUUACUCAAACAAAAGAACAGGCUUAGGGUCGCCUCUUCCCUUCCCUGCCAGGUGGCUGCCUGGUUCAAGGAUCAAAGGGAAGUGUGAGCCCAGGGCCAGGUGCUUUCUUAUCCUUUAUUCUGUCUGCCUUGGUUGGCUGUAACCUCAUCUCUCAAGACCUGAAAAGUUAUGCUCAACUUUGUAGCUGUAAGGGAAUGGAACGCUCAGAGACUUGGGCUGGUCUGUUUAGUUUUCUCUUGGUCAGUGUUAGUCCUACGUUUGACUUUCUUGAGUUCUGAAACAUCCUUAGUGAAGAAUGAAAAAAUGGGCUUUGUGGCCAUUCGUGAAACUAAACCAGCAUGCAGUUGAGUCCACUUAGUGGGAGCAGAGGGCCAGGCCUAGAGCAACUAAAACUCACUUGUCUUCUUAGGGAUGAGCUGUAUACACCAUUCAAGAAAAUUCUGGGUAGGAGCCUAAACAUGCCCUUCUCGCUAUCUUGCCUGGCAGUGUUAAAUUCAGAGGGAAACACUUUCUCAGCCUCAUCUCCUGCAUUAGACUGUGUGCGCUCUACUUGGAAGUAGGUGGGAGGGAUUCCUCACUAGUAUCUGAAGCAGUUGAGGUGAUACAAGGGUGGCUGUCAUCUCCCCACAUUCCCAGAAGCUCGGCAAUAUGGUCAAGUGAGCCAUCAUCCCAUAGUAGAAGCCUUUACCCUUGACUUAGCAUGACCAGCUGGUAAAUGCUGCAGUUGGCCUAUGUAUAUGGUCGCCUCUCAUCCUGCAUGAGCCUCAGCAUGGAAACUAAUCUAACUGCCUGUGCUCUUCUAUACUCCUAAAAUAGUCAGGUAUGUUCCAGAUGAGUGUGCACCUGAGAAGUCCCUGCAUCAUUCUACUGACGGAUGCAUAGGGCAGGUGUGAUUACAUAAUAAUGUGGACAGCUGCUGCAGCAGCUACCUAAUUAAGGGGAAUAGAGAAGUAGUUGGGUGAUAGGACCUUAGGUAGCUACCCAGAGGACUGCAUGCCAUGUCUCUGGGUCCUUGUGAGAGGCCUCUAAGCCCUGCUUCUCCUUGAAAAUGACUCCCUAGACACUGCUGCCUUGUUUGUCUGACUGCAUAAACCCUCAGGGCUGCAGAGAAAGCAAAGGAGGAGCUUAGGGAAGAGACUGUUUAGGGGUAUGCUUUGCUAGCAGACAGUUUCUGUAUUAGCUGCUAAUGUGACUGACUUCUGAACUCUUGAAGUGUAGGGCAAAGACUUUGACCUGCCAGGUGAGGCUAGAAAGGAGCACACGAGCUCCAGGCUAAGAACUGGAAUAGAGAAGCAAGAAGAGAGGCCCAGGUGGCUUUGGCAAGGGUGAGUCUCAGCUCCUGAGAGUUUGAACAUGCUCUGUGCUUGCCCCAGUUCUGCCUUCACGUGGGAGCCAGCGACCCAGUUUCCUUUUGUUGUCGUGCUUGGAUGGUUCCUUCAUUUGAAGGGCUCCAGGAAGCUGGAAAGUCCCAUGAUUGAGCUCCAGCCUGCUGAGCAAACAGUGCCCCAGCCAAAUUGGCCUCUUCCUGGGUUUCUGCAUCCAUGCACCCCUCUCUCCCACUGAGGGUAAUCUUGGAACAACCAGGAUUAAUGGUGCCAGCAAGCAAGGAGGACUCUCUUGUUUCCAUUACAGACAGAGCUGUAAAGCUCAUGAGUGGGGGCUGUUGUAUGCUUAUGUGCUUAUUAUAUAGGCUGUCUUUGGAGAACAUAUCUAUAUAUAAUAUAUUAUAUAUAUUAUAUAUGUGAGUGUAUAAAUAUAUGCGUGUCUAUUUAUACACACAGUAUGGAAAUGGCCACUCACUUAGGCUCAUGCAGCACAGACUAAUUAGGGUUUCCACUGGCUUCUUUGCUGCUCAUGCAUGAUUCUGCAGCUGCCCUCCCAUGUCCUGUCUCUAAAAAAUCACUGAAAACUCAAAGAGGAGAGGAAGAUAAAUAAGCCUCUUUGGGAUCAAUAGGAAAAGGAACUCCAAGGCUGAUGGCAAAGCUUCCUAAGGAUGAUGCUGAAAGGGAACUUAGGUCUCCAUGGUGAUAACAGACAGAGAACCAAUGAAAGCUGAAGGCGGAGCAGGACUAGUGUGGAGGACUCAUGGGAGUCGGAAGUCAUUUAACUAUUUGUUUGCUUCAUGAAAAUUUAGACACCAGCUGUAACUGCAUUGCACAGGAUGUAUAGAUGUACCAUUCUUGCUGACAUAUUCUGGAAGCUUUCAGCCCCACCAACACUGCCCCACCCAGGACUUCUGCAGCUGAGAGUUCCUGUGUCAGUAGGGUCUGAUGUAUGUACAUAGAUUAUACAUAUAUGUGUACAUAUGUGCCUCAAUGAACAUUGCCUGUCCACCUUAUCAUAGGUGUACAUAGACUUCAUAGAGCUCCACAGUCUUUUGUAAAUAUUGACACAAGUAAAUAAGUAUAUAAAUAUAUAUUACUGAGGAUUUAUUUUAACAUCAUUCUGUGUGAAAUGACAAAAAUAAAAUUUUUGACAGACACCAA